GGAGGAGGAGGGGAGUCGCCAAAGUCCUGGGCGAGGCGCUUCUUCCUCGGGGCGCCCUGUUUCCACGCACGGCCUGCGCCCCCCUUUCCCCUCCCAGGAUGAGCAGCAGCCAGUUCAACAAGGGCCCCAGUUAUGGCUUGUCGGCUGAGGUCAAGAACCGGCUCGCCCAAAAGUAUGACCCCCAGAAAGAGGCCGAGUUGCGGGUUUGGAUAGAGAACAUCACCGGACGGGAGAUCGGCCCCGAUUUCCAGAAAGGGCUGAAAGACGGGGUCCUGCUUUGCGAGCUAAUGAACAAGCUUCAUCCCGGAUCAAUACGGAAGAUCAAUCGCUCCGCCCUCAAUUGGCACCAGCUGGAAAACCUCUCCAACUUCAUCAAGGCCACAAUCAGCUACGGACUGAAGCCGGUCGACUUGUUUGAGGCCAACGACUUGUAUGAAAACGGGAACAUGACCCAGGUCCAAGUGUCACUCCUGGCCCUGGCGGGAAUGGCCAAGACAAAAGGGAUCGAGAGCGGGGUGGACAUCGGGGUCAAAUACUCGGAACGGCAGGAGCGGAGCUUCGACGACGCCAAACUCAAGGCCGGCCACUGCGUCAUCGGCCUCCAGAUGGGGACCAACAAGUGUGCCAGCCAGUCGGGCAUGACGGCCUACGGGACGCGGCGCCACCUCUACGACCCCAAGAACCAGAUCCUGGCCCCCAUGGACCACUCCACCAUCAGCCUCCAGAUGGGCACCAACAAGUGCGCCAGCCAGGUGGGCAUGACGGCGCCCGGCACCCGGCGGCACAUUUACGACGCCAAGCUGGGCACCGAGAAGUGCGACGACGGCUCCAUGUCUCUGCAGAUGGGCUCCAACCUGGGCGCCAACCAGAGCGGGCAGGUCUUCGGCCUCGGGCGCCAGAUCUACGACCCUAAGUACUGCCCACAGAGCGCGGCCGCCGGACAGGCCGACAACGCCGCCCGGAACGAGUAUUACUACUACCCGGAGGACGACGAGGUUGACGCCGACGCCGACCAGUGAACCCGGAUCCCGUCGCAAAAUGGGACACAAUUUACGCCCAUGACGGAGUGUGUUCGGAGCCAGAGGGCGGAAUGUAAACAUUAGAGGUCAUCUAGUCUGACCCCAAUGGGACCCUCGAUUAAAAUAUUGGGGUCACUAGAGGUCAUCUAGUCUGAUCCCAAUGAACCCUCUAUUAAAAUAUUGGGAUCACUAGAGGUCAUCUACUCUGACCCCAAUGGGACCCUCUAUUAAAAUAUUGGGGUCACUAGAGGUCAUCUACUCUGACCCCAAUGGGACCCUCUAUUAAAAUAUUGGGGACACUAGAAGUUAUCUAGCCUGACCCCAAUGGGACCCUCGAUUAAAAUAUUGGGGUCACUAGAGGUCUUCUAGUCUGACCCCAACGGGACCUAUUAAAAUAUUGGGGUCACUAGAGGUCAUGUAGCCUGACCCCAAUGGGACCCAAUGUUAAAAUAUUGGGGUCACUAGAGGUCAUCUAGUCUGACCCCAAUGGGACCCAAUGUUAAAAUAUUGGGGACACUUGAGGUCGUCUAGUCUGACCACAAUGGGACCCAAUGUUAAAAUAUUGGGGUCACUAGAGGUCAUCUAGCCUGACCCCAAUGGGACCCUCUAUUAAAAUAUUGGGGUCACUAGAGGUCAUCUAGCCUGACCCCAAUGGGACCCUCGAUUAAAAUAUUGGGGUCACUAGAGGUCAUCUAGUCUGAUCCCAAUGAACCCUCUAUUAAAAUAUUGGGGUCACUAGAGGUCAUCUAGUCUGACCAGAAUGGGACCCAAUGUUAAAAUAUUGGGGUCACUAGAGGUCAUCUAGCCUGACCCCAAUGGGACCCUCUAUUAAAAUAUUGGGGUCACUAGAGGUCAUCUAGCCUGACCCCAAUGGGACCCAAUGUUAAAAUAUUGGAGGGGACACUAGAGGUCAUCUAGAUUAAAGUAUAGGAGGGGACACUAGAGGUCAUCUAGUCUGGCCUCAAUGGGACCCUCUAUUAAAAUAUCCCUAAUAUAAUAUAAUCCAGUUGCCCAAAAUGCUUCAAAAUGUAAUAUUUUGUGCGCCAUAGACAUCGGAGGGGACCCUAAAGGCCAUCUAAUCUGACAUCCGCCACUGAAGUAUCCCUAAUAUGGAACUUUCCUUCUAUUCAAUUCGAAUGCAAUUCCCUAAAAUCUCACGGCUGCUCUGGAACUUCUCGAGUGACCAAGAAAUCAAGUUAUUUCCCCCUCAAAAAGGGGUUUUGCGUGCCUUUUAUAUAUAAUACUAAAGCCGAGGAACAUACUGAUCUAUUUUUUUUCCAGCUCUUGAGGGACCAAUAUUUUUUACCAAGAGGUGCAUAUUAUUUAGUACCUUUAUAUAUAUAUAUAUAUAUAUAUAUAUACUGGAGGAAAGGGAUUUUUUAAUUAUUGUUAUUAUUAUUAUUAUAUGGAACGUUUAAAUAUAGGAUUGCUUUUUCAACACACGGAGAAUCCCAACUUGAGACCUGGGUUUGAAUCCUGCGAGGAAAAAGCCGAAGGGGGUUUUGCAAGUCGCUUCAAAACUGGAUGCCAAACUGGGUUCGAAAGACCCCCAUAAUGUGAAACAUGUCAUGUGUGAUUAUAGGCAAUAAAAGGAGAAACAAA